UCAGUCUGCGUCUGACUUGCGUGGUGAGCGGACGUCUGUGUCGCGCGCUCUCCCGGACACCAUCGCCCAGCACGGAUUGACGCUCAUGAGGACGAACUGUUUUAUUUUGGUUCAUUCGUGUUUCAUUUCUUUCGGUCAAGUGGUUUAGAUGGAUGACGGGACUAAAGCGAUUUUCAAGUAAACAGUGUGUGAAACAGUGUGAUAAAUUUUAUUGAUGCAAAUGAUAAGUGAUUAAAGAAAGGAAAAAAAUAAGAGUGGAUAACUAGUAUAAUAAGAACAUCGGAAGAACAACGUAAUUAGCAUGGCGCGUGAAGUGACUGAGAAAAAAUACAACACACAAACUGAAAUAGUCACGUGACCCCUGUUCACUCCCGGCCUUGCCUCAGCCUUCCUACAUACUGCAGCCCCUUUCGAGGAUGAACUUACAACUAUCGCAUCACUCGUUGCAACAGAAAUCACUAGUUGUUGCAAUAAUGUCGUGAAGGUUGGCAGCCCUGAAGGAAGACCUGCGAUGACGUCAUUGAGGAAGGGGGCGUGGCCUGUUUGGGGUGUCUCCCUGGCGUGGAUCUUCGUCGGGGUUCUCCUAGUGCCAAGAGUGCCACCCGCAAGUGUCAGAAUCCUCGGCUGGAGCAGCGGUGCCACGGUGGAGACGGUGUCCGGGGUGCCAGUGCCGCUGGAGUGCCUCGCCAACGAAGCCCGACCUCCGGCUGUGCUCACCUGGUCACGUGACGGCUCGGCCAUCACUAAUGGCAAUGUGGAAGAGCGCGUGGAGGAAUCCAGCCUAGUGGAGCGGCGGUGGGACGCGAGGAGCCGCCUGCACCUCACGCCCACGCCGGCGGAUGAUGGGCGGAGGUUCUUCUGCCAGGCCGCCCACGCUGCUCUGGAGGCGCCCCUGCUCGCCUUCGUUACCCUCUCGGUCUUGUGUGAGUACUCUCCCAAAAAUUAG